AUGGCCAUGGGAGGCAGAGCUCUGCAGGGCUGCACAGUCCUGAACUCCUGGACACCCGUCCUGCUCAUGCUCCUUGCGGGCUACACAGCCUGUGGGCUUCCACCACCCGUGCUGCAUCAGCCGCCCACUGCAUCCGCCUUCCUCGGCACCACGGCGCGCCUCACCUGCACCCUGAGCAGCGACCAUCACAUUGGCGUUUACAGCGUCUACUGGUACCAGCAGCAGCCAGGCCGCCCCCCAAGGUUCCUGCUGAGAUACUUCUCCCACUCAGACAAGAAUCAGGGCCCCGAGAUCCCCCCUCGCUUCUCUGGAUCCAAAGAUGAGGCCAGAAACAGGGGGUACUUGAGUAUCUCUGAGCUGAGGCCCGAGGACGAGGCUGUGUAUUACUGUGCUGUGGCUGCCCAGAGCAUGGAGAGGGAGAGGAGCCCAGAGGGGGAGAGGGAGCCGGAGGAGGAGAGGGAGCCGGAGGGGGAGAGGGAGCCAGAAGGGGAGAGAGGCCCAUAG